AAAGAACGCAAAUAACAAGCCUAAUAAGUUUUGCUACUUGCUAGUUUUUGCUACUUGCUAGUUUUUGGAUUAGCUACCAAGAAAAGCAUUUUAACACGAUUACAGUCGCAUGUCAGUCCAAAUAGCAGUUAAACUGAAAUGUUCUUGAAGAGAAAACCGUUUCAUUCGAACCUUAAGAAUUCUGGUAUUUAUGGGGGCGUGAGAGUCAAGUAUACUACCCCGCCUUUUGGGGAGUACGGACCAUUCCGAGGCGCGUGUGGAAAGGUGGUACGGUUUUCUCCAAGCGCAGAAUCAACCUCUCGGUGAAGAAUGAGCACUGAUUCAUCGGUGAUUAUUUCUGAUUUCUGAGCGCAGGGCAAAAUAGCAUUUUGGAUUAAUCUACUGGAUCGUAUUAACCACAUUUAGAAGUUGUGGAAAUAAAAACUAAUUUCACCGCCGUUGUUCACAGGUCGGUGGAACGUGUCGUGAGGUUGGAACAUUGAACUCUGACGGCGCCGCUCCCUCCCGAACGCCCUCCAGAACCCGGCCAACCGGAGUCCAUAACAGGUACAGCAACAGGAUGGGGGAGGCGUCGUCCCAGACUACAAUCAUGGAGGGGGACUGUCUCAGCUGCAUCAAGUAUCUCAUGUUCAUCUUCAACUUUUUCAUCUUUCUAGGGGGCUCCUUCCUGCUCGGCGUGGGUGUGUGGGUGCUGGUGGACCCUAUGGGCUUCAGGGACAUCGUAGCGGCCAACCCCCUGCUCUUCACCGGGGUCUACAUCAUCCUGGCCAUGGGGGGGAUGCUGUUCCUGCUGGGCUUCUUGGGCUGCUGUGGGGCCAUCCGUGAGAACAAGUGUCUCCUGCUGUUUUUCUUCAUGCUCAUCCUGAUCAUCUUCCUAGCAGAGUUGGCUGCAGCCAUCCUCGCCUUCAUAUUCCGGGAGCACCUGACCAGGGAGUACUUCACCAGGGAACUGAAACGGCACUACCAAGGACACAACAACACAGACGUCUUCACCGCCACCUGGAACGCCAUCAUGACCACUUUCGACUGCUGCGGGGUCAGCCACCCGGGGGACUUCCAGGAGAGCCUGUUCAGGCUGCUCAAUCCGGACAAGAUGGUUCCUGAGGUGUGUUGCCAGGGCGACGGUCACCCUGGUGACAGUGUGGACUACCUCAGCAGGGACGAGUGUCUGAGAGGAAGCAUGGUGUUCCGCUACAACAAGGGUUGUUACACAGUGGUAGUGGACUAUUUUGAGACCUAUAUUUACAUGGCAGGAGCGCUGGCCAUUGUUGUCCUGACAAUUGAACUGUUUGCCAUGGUGUUCGCCAUGUGUCUGUUCAGAGGAAUACACCAGUAAACUUCACAACACAAGCCAAAAAACGACCACAAAGGACUGAGAACCCCUGAUAAAACCAAUACGCUGCUUCUACUCGGGGACACGGCCGUUGUCAGGCCAUUUCCUUGGUAACAAGAAACAAAGCUGCCCAGAACUCCAGCGCAUCUGCGACCGCGUGCAGGGCGACCCCACUCCAGGUUGUUCAGUGUGAGAACAGCGGAGGCUGUAUUUAGAAGAGGGGUGCCCUAAUCACAACCGUGGGCGACUACUUUGAUCGAGGAGCCUCUGCGUUUUUUUGUGCACCCCAUAUGGAACGGGGUUGUUUGACAGGUGCCCCCGGUCCAUCGACAGAGCAUUGUUCUUUAAAGACUUUUCAACGUGUGUGUGGGUGUGUGUGUGUGUGUGUGGGUGCGCGCAUGUGUGUGUGAACGUGCAUGUGCGUGCGUGCUGCUGUGCAUAUCUGCCAGGGGGCGUGCAUUUUACCCAUCUUGAUUGUCUCAUUAUUGUGCAUUGCCUUGUGACGUUCAUUGCAACAGUGGUUAUUUGAAUGUUGUUAUAUAAUGAAGUAUGAUAUUAUUACUACUCUAUUAUAUACCAGUGUAAAUCUGUACACGGCACUGAUUAAUAUUAAAAUGUUU